GACUACGGAGGAGGAGAGGAAAGAAACUACAUUUAUUUCCCCGAAAAUUACCGAAUUUCUCUGUUCUCCAAUAAACAAAACGCCAAAUGAGUAAUCGGAGCUUCAGUAGAACAUAGUGGAAUUCGGUCUCCGCUGAAUGAGUAAAACUAGUCACCAAAAGGCUGAUAAAGCCAUAAGGGUGGUGCAGAGUCCUGGUGCUUCAGGAUGCUGGUGGAGCUGAGCGAGUGGUUCUGGCAGGAGCGGCUGUGGUUUCCGGAGGGUCUGGGCUGGGCUGACCUGGAGGAUCGGGAUGGACGAGUUUACGCGAAGGGCCGUGAUUUAUGGGUGGCGCUUCCCAUUGCGCUGGUAUUCCUCAUUAUCCGGCAAAUCUUUGAAAGGACAGUGGCGACACCUCUGGCCUCUCUACUCGGCGUGAAAGAGACGGUUCGGCUCAAAGCGCCUCACAUCCCCUCCCUCGAGUCCUAUUACUGUAGAGUGACCAAAAACCCAACACAGUCUUCAAUAGCAAGCCUUUGCAAACAGACGGGUUAUUCAGAAAGACAAGUGCAGCGGUGGUUCAGACGGAGGAGGAACCAGGACCGACCGAGUUUGCUCAAGAAGUUCCGAGAAGCCAGUUGGAGAUUUACCUUUUACCUUCUUGCUUUCAUUGCUGGCCUGGCCGCCCUCAUCGAUAAACCUUGGCUGUAUGACACGAAGGAGAUGUGGCAAGGCUUUCCUGUGCUGACUCUGCUGCCAUCUCAGUAUUGGUACUACAUGAUCGAGCUGGGGUUCUACGGCUCUCUGCUCUUCAGCGUGGCUUCUGACGUCAAACGUAAAGACUUUAAAGAGCAGAUAGUUCAUCACGUAGCGACCAUCCUCCUCAUCAGCUUCUCCUGGUGUGUGAACUACAUCCGUGCUGGAACUCUAAUCAUGCUGGUGCACGACUCCUCCGAUUACUUCCUCGAGUCUGCUAAGAUGUUCAACUAUGCUGGGUGGAGAAACGCCUGUAACUACAUCUUCAUCAUUUUUGCUGCAGUCUUUAUCGUCACACGCCUCAUUUUUUUCCCCUUCUGGAUCAUUUACUGGACCUGGGUUUACCCAGUGACCAUCUACCCGCCUUUCUUCGGCUACUACUUUUUCAAUGGCCUGCUUAUGGUUCUGCAGUGUCUCCAUAUCUUCUGGGCCGUUCUCAUCAUCCGCAUAGCAAUCCGCUUCCUCACCAACAACGAAAAAGUGGACGAUGAUCGAAGCGACAAAGACGAAACAGACGAAUCAGAGGAAGAGGAAGAAGAAGGAGGGGAUAAAAAGCACACAAAGAAAAAUGGGCCCAUGCAGAACGGCCACACAGUCCACAACAACAAUCACAGCAAGGCGGAGUGAAACUUGUGAGAGCAGGAAAGAAAGGACUUGUGAAAAAAGGACGACAAAGAAGACAGGAUGGCAUUCCCUAAAACUAGGAGAUUCAACACUGUUACUUUAACACAGACAUACACAUGCUCAGUCAAACUUUUAGAGAACACAAGUAUCAAGAUUGACACUACACUAAGUGGCACAGCUUUUGCUUUGUCACCCAAGGAAAACGGAAAUCACGUAUCAUCAUCUUUGUUAGAUGUUUGUCCAACAAAACUGUCAGUGAGACAGGAGAGAACAUGAAGAGGUUCCAGGUGUGGAGGAGAAACGGGAAGGUGCUGCUGCUGCUGCUUCUACUUAACUUUCAUGUUUUAAUGGUGUGCCUUAGAGCCAGCUGGUAGCUGCCAAAAAGCCAUUUUUAUGGCUUUGUGCUUUAAAACUGUGCUGCUUUAUUAUGUAUGUCUUUUUUUGUGCUUUGUUUUGCGAUCACAAAGAGAUCAAAACAAAGUGAGAACUACUAAUAGAUACCGGGGCAUUUCUUUGUCUAUGCAACAACAUUUCUGUUAGGUAUUAUGAUGUCUUUGCACAAACAUAUGAAGGAAUAUUUUGCAGUCAGUGCAGCCUUGUGCCAUUUAUGAAGUUCUCUGGUUUCUGUUCAGUCUUUGUCCAACAAAGCUCAGUGUGUACAGCUAAGUGACGUCUCACCGUUUGCUUUUUUAAGAAAACUUAAAGCAAUAGACCGAAAUGAGCUCUUGGUUCAUCUCAUCAGUGAUUGAGCAAUCACAGCCGAGUGUGUUUCAGACUCAGACCAGACCCUGAUGAUGCCACCCAGCGAAAACCGAUGACUCAGCAUAUUCUUCCCGAGGAGAGGUUUCUAAGUGGAAGCGUUGGGGUUUUUCCAGAGUUGACUUUAAUAGGACAGAUUUCUUCAGCUCACUGCCUGACCAUUAACCUGCAGGAAAUGAAAAGUGUUCACCUAAAUUAAUGAUUAUGAUUCUGUUUGAAAAGGUUUACAAUUGUGUUUUUUUCUUAUGUUUUUAGAAAUAAUUUUAUUUU